UCACACAGUCGCUGUGACUGAAAACAGAAAUGGAGCAAAAUCUGCAAGACCGAAAAACUUUCUCCUGUUCGAUCUGCCUGGAUUUACUGAAGGAUCCGGUGACGAUUCCUUGCGGACACAGCUACUGUAUGAACUGUAUUAACAGCUUCUGGGAUGAAGGUGAUGAGAAAAACUACAGCUGCCCUCAGUGCAGAGAGACCUUCUCACCAAGACCUGUCCCAAAGAAAAACACCAUGUUAGAACCUUUAGUGGAGCAACUGAAGAAGACUGGACUCCAAGCUGCUCCGGCUGACCACUGCUAUGCUGGACCUGAAGAUGUGGCCUGUGAUUUCUGUACUGGAAGAAAACUGAAAGCCAUCAAGUCCUGUUUAUUCUGUCUGGCCUCUUACUGUGAGAAACACCUUCAGCCUCAUUAUGAUGUGGCUCCUUUAAAGAAACACAAGCUGGUGGAGCCGUCCAAGAACCUCCAGGAGAACAUCUGCUCUAAACAUGAUGAGGUGAUGAAGAUGUUCUGCCGCACUGAUCAGAAGUUUAUCUGUUAUCUCUGCUCUGUGGAUGAACAUAAAGGCCACAUCACAGUGUCAGCUGCAGCAGAAAGGACUGAGAGGCAGAGAGAGCUGGAGGAGAGACGAGGAAACAUCCAGCAGAGAAUCCAGGACAGAGAGAAAGAUGUGAAGCUGCUUCAACAGGAGGUGGAGGCCAUCAAUCACUCUGCUGAUAAAACAGUGGAGGACAGUGAGAAGAUCUUCACUGAGCUGAUCCGUCUCCUCCAGAAAAGAAGCUCUGAUGUGAAGCAGCAGAUCAGAUCCCAGCAGGAAACUGAAGUGAGUCGAGUCAAAGAUGUUCAGGAGAAGCUGGAGCAGGAGAUCACUGAGCUGAAGAGGAAAGACGCUGAGCUGGAGCAGCUCUCACACACAGAGGAUCACAACCAGUUUCUCCUCAACUACCCCUCACUGCCAGCACUCAGUGAGUCUACACACUCAUCCAGCAUCAACAUCCGUCCUCUGAGACACUUUGAGGACGUGGCAGCAGCUGUGUCAGAGCUUAGAGAGAAACUACAAGACGUCCUGAGAGACUCAUGGACAAACAUCUCACUGAUGGUCACUGAGGUGGAUGUUCUACUGUCAGAACCAGAACCAAAGAGCAGGACUGAAUUCUUAAAAUAUUUAUGUGAAAUCACUCUGGAUCCAAACACAGCUCACACAAAGUUGGUUCUGUCAGAGGGAAACAGGAAGGUGACAAAAAUGGGUCACCAUCAGUCUUAUUCUAGUCAUCCAGACAGAUUCACCGUUUGGUUUCAGGUUCUGAGUAAAGAGAGUCUGACUGAACGUUGUUACUGGGAGGUGGAGUGGAGAGCGACAUGGAUUCAUGUAUCAGUCGCAUACAAGAAUAUCAGCAGAUCAGGAGAUGGGAAUGAAAGUAAAUUUGGAGGUAAUGACAAAUCCUGGGCUGUAAAUUGUUACUCAGAUGGUUAUCAGUUUGGUCACAAGAACAUCUGGACCUCCAUCUCAGGUCCAGUUUCCUCCAGAGUCGGAGUGUACCUGGAUCACAGAGCAGGUAUUCUGUCCUUCUACAGCGUCUCUGAAUCCAUGACUCUGAUCCACAGAGUCCACACCAGAUUCACUGAGCCGCUACAUGCUGGAGUUUUAGUGUGGUACAAUGCAGGUUCUGCAGAGAUUUGUAAACCCAGCUAAAUUUUCUUCCACUAUUAUUUAUGUUAGAAAAAUUAUCUAAGUUCAUUUACUUGUCAGUUUAUUUGAAAGGUUAU